UAUUAUCAAAAAUAACAAUUAUUUGUAAGUAUCAUCUCAUUUAUUUGUCUAAAAUCAUUUAUUAUAAAAAUGCCUUUAUUUUUCGUUUCGUUUGUAGAGGAUCAGGUUAUUUAAAAGCAUCCUGGCAAAUCCUAAUGAACACUUUAAGAAAAUAUCUCAAUCAUCCUCUUAAAAAGCGAGAUGAACAAAAAUUCCUGUACUCACGAUUAUAUCUGUUCGAUGAAGAAUACACAUUAGAUCGUAAUCAAUAUUUAUGGCAAUCAUAUUUAGAUAUCCAAUCACAACAUCAAACAUCAAUUUGGCCACAAUCCGAACGUGAUCUUGAUUGUUGUCGUAAUAAAUUGAAUACACAAGCUCAAUCAUGGAUACCAACACUUCCUCCAGUAGAAAUACUUGAUAAUAAUCUGAAACAAUUUGUUGAAACACAAAAUAAACGUCUAUCUAGCAAUAAUGAGAAAGAAUUAGCGCAAUAUAUAGGUAUUCUAGAUGAAAACAAGACAUUACAACAAAUAUUAUCAUUCUAUUUGACACCGAACGAUCAGGU